AUGUUCAGGUCGUUUGUAUCGUUCGACGAAGUGUCACAAAGCCGUUUGACAGCAUUUUAUCGGAAUAACGAUUCUUAUCUACGAGCUUAUUCGUUCGCUGUAGCGAUAAUGUGCUCCGGGGCAUUUUUUAAACAAUGCUUAUUGCGUAUUCGAAGCCAUUUCAUGAGUGUUCCGUGCAUCGAUGAAAGAAGAAUAUCCAUGCUUACUUAUCUGAACUCAUUAGAUAAAGUAAAAGUCCAGCAAAAGGUUUUGGAAAUGAAAAUCAAGAAUCAAUCACUGACUAGGUACCAUCGAUUGAGAUUCCCUAAUGUGGGUUUUUGGAUAGUUGGGACGAAAUUUUUGCUCGGGCAUGGAGAUGUUAUCGAAAUUGUGCUUCAUAAAAGAGGAAAUUGUACGGUUUUAUACACACCAGUACUUCAGUUUCCACUUUUUCUUCCCACUAGGAGACAUUGUGUGCUGCCACCAUUCAAUACGUUAUGUCAAUUUGCGUUAAACUUGAUAAUCUCCAUUGAGAAUUGGAACACCAUUGCCACUACCUGUGAAAUUCACCAUAUUGUCGUUUUCGAAGGUUUUCCCACUGGAGACUCCACAUCGCUAACAGGGCAUACUGGUGAAACUAUUUCUGCAUCAGGAGCUGUUUCGGCAACACAUCUCAUUUUACUUAUGCAAAUCAGGCUACUCAGUAAGCGUGUUAGGCAUGUUCUUACUCAAAUAACGUUGAAUCCUCUCAGAUGCUCAAUGUCGGAGGAAAUUACGAAAAAAAAACGUGUAACGAUGAAAGGCGCGCAUGCCGUUCUCCAAGAAGAAUUUACCGAGUCACAUGAGCUCCAGAGGUUUCCUAUUGGUGGGCAAAACGCAAUUUCAGAAAUUGGUAAUAUUUCAAUUAUAAGUCACUCACCGAGUAAUCCCACUCUAUGUCUUCUGUACUUUCUUAGUCAGAAAGGAAAGGAAAUAAUUCCAAACAGGUUCAGAAAUGAAUUUAAGUUACAACGGAUCAAGGAGAACCUCCGGAUGCUGGGCUCCGUUAUAUCCCCACCUGAUGCCAUAACGCUGCAGAGGUACUCCAAGCAGCAAUACCUAGGUACUAAUAACAGUUUGCCUUUUAGCCGCCCACUUUUACCUUCUAUGGAGAAACUGGAAUACGGUUCACAAAGCUGUCAGGAAGCUGGACAAAAAGAUGAUGUAUCUUCUACGUUAAAUUAUAUUAAUACGUCAAUAGGAAUUUUGGCAGCUUCUUGUCGUUUACCUGGUGGAGUUAAUGACUCUUCUGAAUUUUGGGAUCUCUUGAAAACUGGUAGAAUUACAACGUCGCGGAUACCUGCCAAUCGAAUCUUCACGAGAGACGUCCUUAUUGAAGGAGAGAAAUAUGGCGCUACACUUGAAGGUGGAAACUUCAUUACCCAAGAUGUCGCUGGAUUCGAUGCAGCCUUUUUCAAUAUCUCGCUAAGCGAAGCGGAAGCAGUCGAUCCUCAGCAACGAAUACUUCUGGAAUGCGUACAAGAAUGUAUUGAGUAUGCUGGACUGACAGAUGUUAGUGAUCUUGGUGUGUUCGUUGGGCUGAUGGAGAAGGAAUAUACUGAUCUAAUCGGAAGUAGCAACUCGAUUCUUACUAUGCUUGGUUCGAUGAGCUCUUUAAUUUCUGGACGGAUCAGCUAUGUAAUAGGCAGUCAUGGACCGUCUAUGACAGUUGACACAGCUUGUAGUUCAUCACUUGUCGCUGUGGAGCUUGCGAUCAAUGCAUUGAAUAAGGGCAGAUGUUCACGGGCAAUUGUAGCCGGUGUCAACCUGAUCUUGAGCGAGAAAGGCCAAGGAGUUCGUGCAAGCGGCAAGAUGUUGUCACAUCAUGGAAUGUCCUUGAGCUUUGACGCUAGUGCAUCUGGAUACGGUCGGUCUGAUGGAUGUACGGUCAUUGUACUGGAAAAAGUCAGGCCCGAUGUUGAGUAUCUGGCAAAAAUCGUCGAUAUUAAUGUCAAUCAUGGAGGAAAGAGCGUUUCACUUACAACUCCAAACCCAGCCGCCCACAAAAUUCUCGUCAAGACCUUACUACAAAAUUGUCCGCCUUCUGAGCUACAAUAUUGGGAAGCUCACGGAACUGGUACACGUGUUGGUGAUCCAAUAGAACUAAAUGUUUUGUCUUCUAUACUUAAGAGCAUUCCGAUCGGUACUGUGAAAACCUCAGUUGGUCAUGGGGAAGCUUCCGCAGGUGCUACUGCAUUGCUUAAAUUGGUUCUAAUGCUUCAAAACGACUAUAUUCCUCCUCUAAAUCACUUUCAUGUCCUUAAUAGUCAUGUCGAUAUAGACACUUUGAGAUUGCCCAUCGUUGGUGAAAAUCGGGAAUUGACGAAUUGUGGAAUGACCUCGUUUGGUGUUAGUGGCACGAAUGCAGCAGCAAUUAUUGCUCGAGCAGCUUCAAUAUCUCCAAAGGCUGUUAUCGUUCGUAAAUAUUGCUUGCUGACUGUCAGUGCCAAGAACAAGGAAGUCUUGACGAAAAUGAUAGAGGAACUAUGUAAGUUCGCCUUGAAUUCUGACGACAACAUGGAGGACAUUGCUGGUGCUGUCAACCUCUAUAAAAAGCAUUACAUCCAUCGGUGCGCACUGAUCGUAGACCGUCAGCGUCGUGAGGUAUGUAGAUUCGUGAGUUCACACUCCGGAGUUGUUUCAGACGAGGUUGUCGUGAUCAUGUCAAAUUCAGCAAUAGCGUAUGAUAUACUUCAGAUUCCUUUGAUUUUUCACCGUUUUAUUACACUUAGUGAGGUUGGUCUCAGCGACAAUGACAAGCUUCUAAUAUCUUUUAUUGAAUUCAUUACCGGUCUUCUUGGCAAUGUGAAAUUUCAAGCUUCUAGCGGUAGAGAGCUGGUUAUUGCCCUAAUGGCACUUUCGUUUCUGCCGAUUACCCAGCCAUCCACUGAUCUCCUCGAAUUGUCGACAUUAACAAUGUUCGGUAUUAGUCCUUCAAAUAAUGAAGUAGUUAAACUUCUAUGUGACCAAUACUUUCUAAUUAAUCACUAUAAUCUCCUGUCUCUCACUUCGCAACUGUAUGUAAAUGGCUUUGAACUCGACUUUUCACGCCUUUUCGAUAGACCAAUGAAGUGCAUUCGUAUUCCUACAUAUUUCUUUGACCGCCAAAAUUUAUGGUUUACCGAAAAACCUCAAGUGUUUGAACACUAUCUACUUGGUACCAUAAAGGAAAAGACCGACACUUUGAUAGCUUUCCGCAACUGGCUCGAUGAUCUACGACACCCGCAAUUGUUCGGAAGUAAUUGCCUUAACACAGGCGUUGUCGUAGAGAUCGUCUAUGCAGCUCUCGCGUGUCUUAAUCUGUCGAGUAUCUGUAUAAAGGACUUAAAGCCACAAUUUUGGAGUCUUAAAAAACCCAGCUGGCUGUUGACAAUGGUGAAGAAGCUUCAGAGAGGAUACGAAGUGUAUGCUUGGAUAAAUCAGCACGAUUUCUUUUCCUGUCAAAUUUCUCCAAUAAAGGAAAAAUUCCGAAAGUUGCAAUCUUCUUCCAUUGGAAAAAAGUUUGAAUUGCGUCCAUUAUAUAUUCCAGAAUAUAAAAAUUCCAAAAUUUUGAUAUCAGAUGAUCUUAACUAUGCCACUGUUAAUUGCGAGUUGGAAAAAUCUCUUUUUGGAGUUAUCGUUGAGAUUUCGUCGAGGUUGAAUCCUGGCAAGUCUAUUAUUUGGUUCCAGUUAUUCUGUACUCCACGUAAAAUGUUUUGCAAAUCGCGGAAUAAUUUCGACAGCUACAACCAUACAGCUUCACAUCGGCACCAUGAAAUAAAUAGUAUUGCGUUUGUGAAGUCAGACAGCAAUCAACCAAAAUCACCAGCAAAAACUAUUUCUGCUCAAAUUCGCAGAGAAGUUAUAGCAGUAUUGGAUGUUACUCAGGAGACCAUACGUACUGGUUUCAUGGAAUUAGGUCUUGAUUCACUUGCAGUUGUUGAUUUACUAAGUCGUUUGAAUGAGAAAUAUUUUCCAAACUUGGGUUUAUCAACGACUGACAUUUUCGAUUACCCUUCUAUUAAAGAACUGAGUGAAUAUAUCCGGCAAAAAAAGGCGAUUCAUAUUUCAAAUGAGAAGAAGAUGCUAAAUAUAUCAGGAAAUUCUGUUUUUGACCAAGUUCUCGACUUAGUCAUACGAGCGACGCAGGAUAUUCUUCCCAAAAGUGUGGACAUCAAUCAAGAGUCCAUACAUGCUGGUUUCAUGGAACUAGGUCUUGACUCGCUUGCAGUGGUUGACUUAACAAGCCGAUUAAAUGAGAAGUAUUUUACAACAAUGCAUCUAUCAACGACUGACAUGUUCGACUAUCCUUCGAUAUACAAACUUGCGGAACACAUAUGGAAAAUGAAUACUGAAUGUAACCAAGGAAAUGAAUUGUCAGAUUUUUCCCAAUCUUUUUCUGCUUACUUCGAAACAUUUGAGUUGAACUCAUAUACUAGCCGAAAAUUUGUCCUCAAGUCUGAUGAAGAAGUUGUGCCUUAUGAACAGCUGAAGAAAUUUGUUCCAGUAAAGACCGUUAUCAGAUUUUCUUCGGAUGGCAGAAUUCAACCUGCAGAAUUCUUUUCAUCCUUGCUUUUUUUGUCACACAUACUUCUCUCUAUCUGCACAGAAGUUAGUGUCACCGUUUCAAAGUUACCUACUCUCGCCAACACUUUGGCGCGCAGUUUCUUUAAAACUUUGGCGGCAGAGAAAUAUCCUAAGGUUCAAUAUAUUUACACCGAACGCUUAUUGGAAGUUCGUAUUCCUAAUGAUGUUUGUACAAAAAUCGGUGGGAAUUGGCUAAUAACUGGAGGACUUUCUGGCAUUGGAUUAACGAUAGCGAGAUGGCUUGCUGAUGAAUGCAGUGCCGAAAAUUUAGUUUUAGUAAGUCGACGCAUUCCUGAUGACGCAGAUCUUAUGUUACAAAUUGAUCAACUCAAGAAAAGGACUCAGGUUAUUGUCAUAAGCGCAAAUAUCGCUGACUAUAAGACUCUACAAGUCGCACUAUCAAAGAUUCCAUUCAAAUUUACUGGAGUAAUUCACAGUGCUGGGGUUUUACGCGAUAGCGUUAUAGAAAGACAGAACUUGAAUGCAUUCUUGGAGGUUUUCAAACCUAAAGGUGAAGGAUAUCAUGUGAUUGAUCGCAUUUUGGAAGAGAAUCACCAUAAUGUGGACUACUUCAUCGUAAUGUCUUCAUUCACAGUAAUCUGUGGAAACGUUGGGCAACUGAACUAUGCGGUAGCAAAUGCGUACCUUGAUCAUCAAAUGUACCUUCGUCAAAAAGCGGGGAAGGCGGGCACUUCUAUUCAGUGGGGCAACUGGCGCGACGUAGGAAUGGCAAAAAAAAUGCAGGAGACGCUGACUGACCUUGGUUUUUUAGGAUUAACGAACGAAGAGGCUCUCGUCUUCAUGAAAUAUGUAAUCACCCAUAAGCCACUCAAAUUAGUCGCCGCAAAAUUGGACUGGAAUACUGUGCUGAGGAAACGCCCGGAUAUUCGGAAGGACAUUGUGAUGAGUGCGGUUGGCAAUUUGGAUGACUCUAGAACAAAUAAUGGGAUACAACAUUUCUCAGAAACGAAUAACAACGCCUCAAACACCGAUGCUCAACAAAGGUAUCCUGUAGCGAAUAUAAUCCUGCCGAGAAAAUAUCAUCGUCUAACUGUGCUCGAAACCAUCCCUACCGAAAAUUAUAGUGGUUAUAUGUCAAUGGAAAAUUACUACACAGCAGAAAGCCACGUGCCGUGCGCCACCGAAGCAAUUACUACGAAUAAACCAUCAGAGACUCAACUGAAUAUCUGCAACAUAUUCGGUCUGAACAUAUUUUUCGAUGAUGAAGACGACUUUCACCGUUCUGUUGCUGAAAACAUCGAAUACUUUACCGAUUAUCGGAAAUCUGUUACUGAGGUGGUGUCCAAAUUGAAAAACCUCAGGUUCAGAAAAAGUAAGAGGACCUUGGGUGGAAAGAGCGUAAUGUUGUUUGCAGGACAAGGAGCUCAGUAUCCUUUCAUGGGGAAACAAUUGAGCACUAUGUUUCCAAUAUUUAGAAAAGAGUUCGAUCGUUGUCUUAGUAUGGCAGACGCACUUAUGGAGGACAUCCCGCUAUCGAGUAUCAUCGAUAACCUGACUGACGUAACGUUACUUCAUUUAACAAAGUAUAUGCAGCCAAUAAUAUUUGCUUACGGAUAUGCCUGCGCGAUACUAUGGCGGUCUCUUGGCUUUGAACCAGACUUUUAUCUUGGGCACAGCGUCGGCGAGUUGGUUGCGGGAGUGGUGGCUGGAACAAUUACUCUUGAAGAUGGGAUUCGACUGAUUGUAGAACGAGGUAUUGCGAUGGAAAAUAUCGCUAAUCGAGGAGCUCUUCUUGCUGUGGAUAGCCAGGUAAAAGAGGAAGUGCUCGGAAAGUUUAACGUUUCCCUGGCUGCAACAAAUAGCCCUAAACAAAUUGUUAUUGCUGGCAGGCAAGAAGAACUUGUCAACGUGCUUAAAUAUACUAAAGAAAAAAAUAUUUACGGAGCAUUCGUGAGUAUAAAAUACCCUUUCCACAGUUCCCUUAUUACAGAUGACGAUCUUAAAGGACUCAGAAAGAUUUUGCGAACAACCACAUUCAAACAAUCAAGAGUACCAAUAGUGAGCAAUGUUACCGGAAAAUUGAUAACAAUUUUUUCGGAGGAUUAUCUCAUUCAGCACUUGAUAUCUUCAGUGAAACUUGUCGACUGUAUUCAUACCCUAAAAUCACUAGGCGUUACUGCAUGGGUGGAGGCAGGACCAAGUAACACUGUAACAUCAUUUGUGAGAAGGACCCUUGGCUUCGACACAAUUGAGAGACAUGACAUCAUGCAAACGGCUUCUAAUCUAGGAGAAGAAGCUCACAAUCUUGUAGCUACUGCACUUGUCCUAGAAGCACGAGGCGUUCCAAUUCGAUGGGGAUGUAUGUAUCAAUGUGAAAACGAACACAUUUCUUUAGAUAGACCUCUCACUCUAUUUCCGCAGAUAUUCAACGGAACGAUAACGGAAAGCGACUGUACUGUUUUGAAAAAUCACCGUGUCAACAGGGAAAAUGUUGUUCCAGGAGCCUAUCAAAUUUAUUUACUAUUAAAAUGGAUCAACUUUAGCUCUAAUCGGGGUGAAUAUUUCACCUUAAUCGAUACUAAGUUUGUUAACUACUGGAAGUUAGAAGAAGGACGCAAUUUCCAACUUACAAGAACUAGCGCAAAUGUGUUUGAUAUUACUGUAAAUGGAAGGAUCAUUUGUACUACUCAUGUCCAAUGCACAAUUGAGUGCAGUGUCAACAGCUUCUACCGCAACUUAGCUACCAAUGGUCUCGAUUAUCGGAAGCAAUUUCAGGUUAUAAAGUUGUUGAAACGAAGUGAAACAUGUACAUAUUCAAUUCUGCAAUUCGAGGAGCCGUAUGCAAUUUGGACAUUGAUGGAUGCCGCACUUCAUGCUGUCUGUCCAAGUGUGGUUUAUCGCAGACCUGAUGUAUAUUUCGUUCCAAUUGCUGUAGAAGAAAUUUACUGGAACGACAAGAUUGAUCCUUGUUCCGCUCAGUCGAUCAUUACCACAACGAACAGAUUCAUACAAGCGCAUGCAUGCAUUCUUGUGGACGGCGAAUUGCUUUUUCAUUACAAAAAUAAACUAAGUGUUGUGUUAAGAGCAGACUUAAGAGCAACACGAGAUGGUCGUUCCACACAGUUACUAGAACACCACUGCUGUGAUGAACAGACGAUCGAGGAGGAAUCCGAGAAUUUAUGGCAACGUAUGAAAAUUGGUGCUUUGCCGAAGGAUUAUCAGUUCCGGGACCGUCCUCCAAAGAACAGUAUCUUAAUGGAUAGUGACAUAACCUUGUGGGAUCCAGAAUUCUUCGGUAUUAGUCCAAAAGAAGCACGCUACAUCGAUGUUGUUCAGCGCCUCAUGAUGAAUUCUGUUCUUAGAUGUAUGGAACGAGCCGCAUGGACUUCUAUGCCUAAAGAAACAGGGGUGUUUAUCGGAAUGAGUGGUAGUGAUUUUACUAACAGAGUGUAUAAUGAAAUGAAAGAUGAUACAAGUGGGUAUUUUAGCACCGGAACGAGUGCAAGCUGCGUAGCUGGUAGAAUCUCUCACUGGUUGAAUACUGAAGGACCGGCUAUCGUCAUUGACACAGCGUGUUCAUCGUCAUUCACAGCCUUGAUAAACGCUCUAGAUGCUAUCGUUCAAGGAAGAUGUGUGCAUGCAAUAGUAGGAGGCGUUAAUGUCAUUCUUCACGAUACCAUUACUCAAGUUCUUAAAAACGCUGGAAUGUUGUCAGUGGCAGGAAAAUGUCAAGUAUUCGACGCCGAUGCAGACGGCUACGUCCGUUCUGAAGCUGUUGGAUGUAUUUUGCUCUCGAAAUGUCAAUCAGCAGCAAUGUUUAAAAUAUCGCACUGGGCCAUAGGUCAUAACGGAAGAGCUGCUUCCUUGAAUGUUCCAAAUGGAAACGCACAAGAGCGAAUAAUGCAGCUUGUAAGGAAAACGAAAAUGGAUCAUGUAGAAUGUCAUGGAACAGGAACGGCUUUGGGAGAUCCCAUCGAGGUUCGGGUUGUCUCAAAAUGUUAUAAUGGUGCUACCAUCUCUAGUGCGAAGGCUCUAGUCGGUCAUUCCGAGGCGGCCUCGGGUAUUGUUUCAUUGAUAUAUUCUUUAUUACAAAUGAAGCACAACUAUAGAAGUAAUCAGGUGCAUUUCAAAUGUCCAAAUCCUAAAAUCGACUUCAGUAAUCUAGCUGUACCAAUCGUCGGCGAGGAACGUACAGUAAACCGCUUUGCCAUAAAUAAUUUUGGAUUCUCUGGUACGAAUUGCUCAAUUGUUGUCGAGAAGCAUCCAGCCAAGGAAGCAUGCAGGAAGUAUUUAUGCAAAUAUUGUCUUGCUCCAAUUUCUUCCAAAAGCAAACAUUCCUUGCAGAUGAUGAUCGAUCAGUGGAAGGUGUUCGUGAACGAGUGUGACCAAGCAAUCGUGGAUAUUUGUGUAAAACUCCAGAGAGUGCGAUCUUCAUAUAAAUAUCGCCAUUGUAUCCUCUAUAACUACAAAAGACAAGUCGUUUGGGAAACUGGAAAAAACGUUCUGGAUUCCGAGGGAUGCGUUCCGACAGCUGGAGCUGACUUUAUGCUCAAGGAUACAAUAUUCCAGAGAUGUUGGCCGUUCAAUGAACAGUUUGCCUAUAACUUCAACUCAGUAGAAGCGCUCCAGAACACUAUAUACUACAAACGCACUCUCGUCAUAGCACGAACAGUUGAACGUAAUUUAGCAUUGCCUGUUGUAAAUGUUGGAAAGACAGUCAACCUCAGCAAUCUUACUUAUUAUCCUAUAUCAGAUAUUAUACUUUUUCAUCCGUACUCCUCCUCGAUCGAUGAUGCCCUUUCACUGAUCUCUAUUUGGAAACUGCUUGCAGUAGAAGGACACUUUUUCUUAAUUAUCGCAUGCCAAGGCAAUGGAACUUCUUAUACUGAAUGGACGGCAUUAUGUCGAACAUUAGCUAGCGAGCAUCCUUUGCAGUACAAAUUUGUUUCUUACUCUAAUCUCCAAGACUUGGAAACAGAACUUUCUUAUAAUGACGCAUAUGAGUGCGUUUUCUACAAGAAUUCGCGUCGAUACGUUGAAAGGCUUGUGGUAACAACUCCAAAGAAAACGUCAUGUUUAGCUCCAAAGCAUUUGCUUAUUACAGGAGGGACAGGAGGAAUUGGAAGAAUGAUUAUCCGAUUCCUAAGUCCUUCGAAAACAACUGUUAUCACGAGAUCAAUUAAGGACUAUUCCCAUGAGACUUCCGAAGAAUUUGCGGAGUUGCAGUACGACUUGGUGGUUCACUGUGCAGGAGCGGUUGAAAAUGCGCUGAUGGAAUCAAUGGACUACUCUAAAUUUGAAAGCGUUUGUAAAGCAAAGUGUAGUAGUUUAGCCACAAUCUUCGAAGUUGUUAAAGAGAGAAGUCCUAAAAAGAUUGUGAUCGCCUCAUCCGUGGCAGCUGUAUUCGGUUCCGUUGGACAAGCGAACUACGCUUUCGCUAAUGGUCUGAUGACGUCGAUGGCCGAGAAGUCGGCGUUAUCCACACAAGUGAUUCAUUGGGGACCAUGGGAAAAUGUGGGUAUGCUUCAAGGAAAACACUUCCAAAAAGUGCGCGAUCAACUAAGCAGUGGUGGGUGGGAUGUCCUUAAGCCGUCAGAAGCACUAAUGAUUUUGAAUUCAAAUGUAACAAACGUGGUGGUGUUUAGGGGUGACUUCGAGAAAAUAACGAAAUUCCAAGUGCAUCUACGAAAGUAUUUGAGCGAAAUCCGUGAGAAAACUAUACAUCGGCUAGAAGUCAAGCAAAAAGCUGAUGUGUCCUCUUUGGAAAACAUAAUCACUAAUGUUAGUGGAAUUGACAAACUUGAUGGUGAAAGAGAUACUCCUCUGAUGAACUUAGGUAUCGAUUCUCUAAUGAUAGAAAAAAUCCGUACUAAUGUGAACACGAAAUUUGGGUGCAGCAUUACUUCUAAGGAUAUCUAUGAUAACUGCACUUUGGAUAGAUUGUCUAAACUGCUUGCAGUCCAUACCGAUACGAAGACUGAAACUGUCGUUGGGGCAUUUUCCGGCUGUGAAAGCAUCGAUGAGCUAUGGAGAAAUCUUCUAAAUGACAAUUUUAUAGACGCAGCUGGAGUGAUUAAAGACACCGAAAUUUUUGACUAUAAAUUCUGGAAAAUGACACAUGAUGAUGCGUCAAUACUCGACCCACAACUUCGUGUUUUUCUGCAGAAUGCAUAUCAUGCACUUGAAAAGUCAGGCUAUAUUCGAGAAAGAUCUGACUUGAAAAUUGGAGUGUUUGCAGGUGCAGAACCAAAUGAAUAUGGAGAUCCAUGUGAAGAAGCUAGGGGAAGUCUUCGGCGAAUGUUUAUGCUCAAUAUGAAAGAUUACGUUUCCACCUUCACUGCUCACAUGUUGAAUCUUCGCGGACCUGCAAUAGGGAUCUAUUCUGCAUGUUCCACAGCUCUCGUAGCCAUAACCCAGGCCUGCAAUUCCCUUCGGCUUUCCAGUGUAGAUUUGGCGAUAGCUGGUGGGAUAUCUUUAGUACUACCAGGACAGACAGAUUACGAGAUUCAAGAAGGAUUGGUAUUGUCGAAAAGUGGAGUUUGUAGACCAUUUGAUAGUGAGGCCGAUGGAACCGUAAGAGGCUCAGCAGUUGGAUGCGUCGUACUCAAGCGGCUUGAUGAAGCUCUACGAGAUAAUGACCACAUCGAAGCCGUGAUAAAAAGCUUCGGGCUUAGCAACGACGGUUUACACAAAGCCAGUUUCAUGUCUCCAAAUUCUGAAGGUCAAAAAGAAUGUCUUCGAGAAGCCUUUGCGUCACUCGCUGACAGUGAUAUUAAAAGAAUUUGUUACGUAGAGUGUCAUGGAACGGGCACACUUGUAGGUGAUGAAAUUGAAAUGGCAGCACUGAAAAGUGUUUACGGGAAAAGGUCUGAUUUAUCGAUUGGAUCUCUGAAAGCCAAUAUUGGUCAUGGGUUUGCCGGAGGCGGCAUUGCUGGAAUCUUUAAAGCGGUGAAAAUUCUUCAAGAACAUAUCAUACCACCACAGAUAAACAUCAACCACUUACGUAAAGAUAUCCCAUUCAAUGUGAACAGAAAACGAAUCGUCCUGGCUCGCGGUUCUUUGGUAGCUGUGAGUUCUUUUGGCAUUGGUGGAACAAAUGUGCAUAUUGUGAUGAGUGAGGCGCCUAAUCGUGUUCUUUCCUACUCACCAUGUACCGCACUACACAUUCUUCCCAUUUCGGGUUUAACACCAACUGCAUGUGUUGCCCAAUGCAGAGUGAUUGCCAACUAUCUUAAGAACCCUAUUGCAGCCACUCUUCAGUGCCGGAGGGAGCACUUCAAAUUCAGAGUUGCGUUUGCUGUGACGUCCAUUGAGCAGGCUGUAUCACUCUUGAGUACAAUUAGCGCUCCCACAUCAUCUACCGUACUCGAUAAAUCUAACAUGUGUUUCUUCUUCGCUCCACAAGGGGUACAAUAUCCCAACAUGGAGAAAGCAUCACUUAGUCAUGCACCAGUCUUCAAAAAAGAAAUCGAGAGACUUGUCGACAUAGCAUCAGAGCUCUUCCAAAUAGACUUUAUGAAGGUGAUGUAUCCUGAAGCUUCCUCAUGUGACAGAAUCUCAGACCCUAAAUUCGCUCAAAUAGCGACAUUCAUAAUAAGUAGAGCAAUAACUGCGCAAUUGGAUUAUUGGGAAGUUUCGUCAGAUUGGCUUUUAGGUCACAGUGUUGGCGAAUACGCUGCUGCGUGUUACUCCGGUAUUUUAGAUGAGUAUUCUUGCAUGAGACUAUUGAAAGAACGUGGAGAAUUGGUUAGUAGAACAAAUGAAGCACGACUGCUUGCUAUCUCUGAAUGUAACGUUCCUCUUCCAGAUGAUAUUGAAGUCACAGCACAUCUUUCCGACAACUUAAAAUGCGUGAUUGGAACUCCAAGUGCAAUUGAGACCCUUAAAAUUGAGCUAGACAAGCAGAGGGUGUCAUAUCGUGAGCUGGCUACGCGACAUGGCUUCCAUUCCUCGAUGAUGGAUUCUAUUCGUGAAGAAUUCCUUUUCUUCGCAAGAAAGUUGCCAUUCCGUAAAGGUACUAAAAAUCUGGUAUCGAAUGUAAACGGUGCAAUUAUUACCGAGUUUGAUUACCAAUAUUGUUGGAAUCACAUGAGAGAACCAGUCGAUCUCAAAAAAUGCUUGGAUACAAUUCUGCAAGAUAAAAAUGUUAAGGUCAUUAUAGAAAUUGGGCCUUCAGGUGUCGUAAAGCAUCUCUUAGCGGAGAGAGGUGCCGAAGUGCAUGUUGUCAACACGAUGCUAAGUAUUUAUCUUCCUUUACAUUCCCAGCUAUAUCAGUCUCUUGCCGACUUAUGGACUCUUGGGUACGACGUUAACUUUAAGAAGUUUUUCCCAAGUAAAAAAUUCGACCAUAACUUGCCUGUAUAUCAGUUCGAUCGACUAGUCUGUUGGAGAGAAAGCAUCACAAAAGAAAGUGCCAGAUAUUUUAAGACUUCAUGGUUAUCGAACAAAACGAAAGAAUUUUUCUUUUCCGUAUGCGAGCUAUGUGAAACGUAUUCCACUAAGCCGGCUGAUGUUUCAACAAUGGAUGCAGAAGAAUUGUCGAAAUUCACGCUUAUUCCAUUUCUACUGUCACAAAAAAUCUGCUCAAUAAUUGUACCGUUUAAAACACGACUAAUCGUCAUCUCUCACACAGGAGAGGCAGCCCAUUGGACAACGCUUGGACCGAUUCGACAAUAUCACCUUGGAAGAGAGCGAAAGAACAUUUUUGUGGAUAACUCAGGACGAGUCCCUAUUACUCAGUUUCUACCUCAUCUUUUAGAUAUUAGUGAAGACGUUCUUCUUGCGACUUCAACUCACCUUUUUAGUAUGACUUAUGCUGAUGCUCAAUAUUUACAGAAGCAAUUUGAACUAGGAAAAACCGUCGUUGUUAUUGGUGGAAACGGAGCGAUUGGUCAUGUAUAUGUCGACGUUCUGAGGAAAAUAAACGAAGUUAAAAAUAUUGUUGUAGCUAGCCGACAUUCCAAGGAAAUCUCUGCAUCCGAUGUUACUCAUGUCACCAUGGAUAUUUGUAAUAAGAUAUCGAAAUACGGUGACAUCGGCACUAUAAUUCACGCUGCCGGGGUAGCCACAUUGCAGUCACUCGAUAAAACAAUCCCAGAAAUGCUUUCAGUUAUUGGUCCUAAAGUCGUUGGAAUUACAAACAUCAUACAAUAUUUUUGUCAAAACAACCUCAUGCUCGACAAUCUUCUGAUGGCAUCAUCACUGACCAGCAUUCUCCCACUACAAGGGACACAGGAUUAUGCAGCGUCAAACGUUUUCAUCGAUGCAUUGGCCUUGAAUGGACAUCCGAAUAUUAAACGCGUUCUUGCAGUGCAGUGGCCAGCGUGGCGUGACAUAGGUAUGGCGUCAACAUACGGUAAAAGUGCCCUGCAGAGCAUCCUCUCGAGAACCUCAAUUUCUCACCAUACUGGAAGACGAAUAAUCAAAGAAACACUAAAUAUGAGUGGAGUUGUUGUGUAUGCAUCGAUUCAUCCUUUAAAAAUGCGUGACAUAGUGGAAAAUAUGCAGCUUAUGCGAGAGGUAGCCUCAGUGUGGAGCGAAUUACUUUGCAGAGAGGUUAGUGACGAUACCAACUUCUUUAGCAGCGGAGGAAACUCUCUAAGUGCCUUGAGGGUGGUCUGGAAUCUUAAAAAGUUAUUGGUUAUGGAUAUCACCGUUGAUCUGCUCUUUAAAUAUCCAACACUAAGAGAUUUUGUUGGAAUGCUUCCAGCUGGACAACGAACUGAUGAGGUUGACUUCUUCGAUAAUAUGUACCUGUUAAACCAACUUGAACCUGGAACCCAUUACAACAUUAUAUUUUCUAUCUCUUUUCGUAGAGCGACGUCAAAAUUUUGCUUCCUGAAAACGAUGUACUCAGUUCAUUCACUCAUUGCUCGUCAACACAGUCUUCGUAGUAUAUUCAUAAAAAAUUCAGAUUCUUCAUCACCUAUUCAGGUUGUGCUCUCAUUAACGGAGUGCUAUCAGAAUCUCACAUAUAAUGAUGCUGAAGAAAAUUUCACUUUUAAUCUCAGCGAAGUUCCUCUUAGGAUUCUUAGCAUACGUAUGGGUGACAGUUAUAUCAUUCUCUUCAACCAUUACCAUAUAAUAACUGAUGGAUGGUCCAUGACUGUGUUGGCAGAUGAGCUGAAAGAAAUCUACAGUUUCUACUCUAUUUGCGAAGAGGAGAAAAUACAGCCAAAAUUUUAUUCUAUGAGCGAAUAUGCUCACUGGCAACGUCGAAAUGUUACGUUUUCUUCGGAACUCGAAGAACUUAAAUUAAUGCUUGACGGGAGGGAGCCAACAGUUCUGCCUCAAAAGCAACCCACGGGCCCGCGCAAUUUCAAGAAACUUCUCCAAAUUAUUCCUGAACCGUUAGUUUCUUGCAUAAAAUCGCUAGCCAAAAUCCAUUGUACCACCGACUUUGUUAUAACACUUUCAAUUUUCGUUAUGUGCUUGAGGAAGUUCAAACGGAAUGUGCAAAAUGAUUCAAUUGUCAUCGGGUAUCCAGUUUCAGGCCGGAACGAGAAAGUGAGGGAUCUCAUCGGAUUUUUCCUUAACAAUACGGUAAUUUCUUUAGAUAUACGACUACAGGACAGUUUAGAAGACAUUAUAUCUGCAGUAAAGAACAAAACAGCAACAACAAGACGAUUCGAACACGUUCCGUUCCAUAGACUCGUAGGAGCAAUGAGCAGUAUACGUGAAUUAAACGAGCAUCCCGUAUUUCAAAUUUAUUUUAACUACCGUCACCAGUUGGACUUCCCAGUGCCUGACUUUCCAGAUGCAAACGUGGAAAUAAACCAGUUGUCAAUGAAUAAGAUUUUCGACUUUUCAAUCGCAUUUGAUGAGACGCCAAUGGGCACAAGGGUGAUGGUUGAAUACAACUCGGGUAAAUAUCACACGGAGACCAUUCAAAAUUUUAUGCAUAGCUUAUUGCACCAUAUUCGUGUUCCUCAUAAAACACCUUUGAAAGUUCGUUGUUUGCCUAGAGACUACCCAGCAUCAGUGUUUUCAAAAUAUCUCGCUUCUUCUAGGUGUACAGGAAGAGAAAUUGCGAUGCGACGAAGAAAUGCAUUUCUAACUUAUGAAGCGCUUCAAGAUCAGGCAACGAACAUCGCUGACUGGGUCGAUGAUUCUUGGAUCAAAUACACAGGUUGUUGUAUUCGUAGUGACGACAUCAUAACUUUAAAUGCUGCAUCGAACGAUGCUAUUGUCGUCAUAAUGGCUGUGCUUCGAGUUGGUGCUGCUUACGCACCAAUAGAUCCGGGUUGGCCACAGUUAAGAAGAACACAGGUCGCCGAAAAUAUCACCUUCAGUUUACAUAUUUCGAAAUCUAUGCUAAAAAGACCAUAUUUCAACCGGAUAUCGGAAGGUGAUUUGAUAUACGUUUUGCAAACCAGUGGUUCCACAGGUUCUCCAAAAGGAGUGGCACUGAGUCAUAAAAAUGUAAGCUGCUUCCUACAAUCUGCAAAUUCACAGACACUAAUGAGACCAGGUCAUCGUAUAUCCCAUUCGGUCAACGUCGUAUUCGAUGUGAGCGUCAUGAAUAUCAUAGGCUCAUUAGUGAACGCAUGUGAGCUUCUUUUACACGAUGACAUUCGUAACUUGCCAGAUGAACUCAAGAAACACAAAUGCAGUUUUGCUUUCCUUACUUCUGCAAUGUUUAAUGCCCUAACAAAGACGGAAUUGCACCAGAUUGCUGAACUGGAGAAACUGUUCGUUGGUGGAGAAGUCCUAUAUGACAAGAAUCUCCUCGAAGCGACGAAAUUCGGACUUGACAUCACACAAAUCUAUGGACCGACUGAAACCACCAUUUGGUCGUUAACAAACAGAUGUAAAACUUUGGCUCAAGAGGGUUCUUUGGUCGGAUUACCCAUGUCUAAUGAGACAUGUUGGAUAAAACACCAUACAUUUGAAGGUGAAUUAAUCAUUGGAGGCGCAAAGGUUGCUAGAGGCUACCUGAACAACGGCGUGCCAUGCUAUUGCACUGGUGAUAAUGUCAGGAUUCAGAGAGAAGGUUUUAUCUAUAGAGGUAGAAUAGACGGAGAAAUGAAGGUGCGAGGACACCGUAUCGAAAGUGAAGAAGUGGCGAAGAUAAUCCUUACCUAUGCACCGCAGAUCUCACAAGUCAGUGUCGCAGUUUCAAACAAUACCUUAUUAGCAUUUGUAGUUCAUAAGGGUUUCUUAAAUGAAUCCAAAAUCACUCUGAGAUUAAAGAACAUUCUACCGUCAUUCAUGGUACCAUCACGAUUCAUCAGUGUACCACGUCUUCCACUAAGUACGUCGGGAAAGGUAGACAUGGACAUGUUGCUGAAGGAGCAUGCGCGACGUCUUGAAAUGAUGUCCUUAACUGAACUAAAAGUUGCGUCUAUUUUCGAAAACCUACUAAAUGUGCAAAACGUGGUGUCCGAAGAUAAUUUUUUCAGUCUUGGAGGUCAUUCGUUAUUAUUGUUCGAGCUAAAGAGUAAACUACUUCAAUCAUUUGACGUCGAUAUUGAAGUGCACGAAUUAUUUAACAAGCUCACAGUUGGUGGACUUGCAGAGUUGCUUACAAAUAAACUUAAGGAAAACCUCUACAAAGCCGAUACCUCAAUAAUCACUGAACUUCGUGAGACCGUCAACGCUAAUUUCAAUGUAUACUUCAUUCAUGCCAUUGGAGGAUCAAUAUUUCCCUAUUACGCUUUUCUCAAAGUGUUUCCGAAAGAAAUCAAUCUCUAUGCCAUUGAGUACAAGUUAGAUUUCAACGCUAGAACACUUAAGGAAUUAGCAGCCUUCUAUGCAUCUGCGGUAGCAGCACAUACUAAAACUGUUCGCCCUUUUCUAGUGGGUCAUUCCAUGGGAGGAACGAUAGGCAGAGAAAUGGUGGUUGAAAUGAGACUGUGGGGAUGGGAGUUUUUAGUGGUUGUAGGUACCAUUUAUUGUCAUAAAAUCUUUAAGAAUCUUCCGAACAACAUCAAAGGAACAGAAAGUGCAAUACGUUUGGCAAGGAUGCUCAAAGCUCAUCCCUUAACAAUUUCACCAACGAAAAUUUACUUAUUUAAAAGCCUAGAAGUGGGAGAUGCAGCAUUCCGAAGUAUUGUACGGCCAGAUCUCACCGAAAUUACGUCACGAUCCAUGACAGCAAAUGGCCUCGAACAACUGUCAACACAACCCGUUGAUGUAUGGCUGGUAAUGUCAAAAAUUCUUUGUGUCACAACUGUAGUACGUUGGCAAUUAUAA